AGUUACUUGCCCCUCCAACUAUGAAAACGUUAUUCCCUUCAUCCAAUCCCUAAUUGUCAUCCAAUUAUUGGACGGAAAACUGAACAUUCUUACACAAAAAUGGUUUUAAUGCCCUGAAUGUGGUUUGGCGCCAAUAGAAGGGUAUUAUGGACAUUCCAGCUCAAACCCUAACACACUAAAAACCCACAACGGCAUAACCCCUUGUAAACUCAAAAACCCACAACCUGGAUCAUCAAAUACAGAGAGAGAUAUAGUGUGUGACCUAUCUACAAUGGCAUGGAUCUUGAGAGAUCCAAAUGGAAGAACACCAAGAUGUAAGUCUUUUUUAAUAUCUAUUCCGAGAUUUGCAUAUUUAAUAUCAUACUCUUUAUAUUAAUAUCUAUUCUAAGAUCCAAAUGGAAGAACACCUAGAUGUAAGUCUUUUUUAAUAUCAUACUCUUUAUAUUAUAAUCGCACUCCUUUAUAACUUUUCGAUUAUUCUAUGGGUAUGAAACUGUGGUCCCAGCCAUGGUUCAAAGCCUAUUAUAUGGGUAUGAACUUUUCGAUUAUUAUAUGGGUAUACUCUUUAUAUUAUAAUCCUACUCCUUUAGAACUUUUCGAUUAUUAUAGAACUUUUUGAUUAUAAUCUUACAAAUCUUGCAUGUUUGUAUGUUUCUAUAAACUUUUGCAGAUUCCAGUCCUGAAUACUUUAGUAUUAAGUUGAAUCAUGGUGGAAAUAUAGUUAGGGAUAUCAUAGAGUAUUAUGUUGGUGGUACUGUGAGCUACGUUGAUUACUGUGAUAAUGAUCGAAUAUCUAGAAUUGAGUUGCAAUCAAUGUCUAAGGAAGUUGGGUAUGUGGAAGAAGUAGCUCUUUUCUACAAGGUUCAAAGUAAUGGAAAAUGGGUUUUUAAAAAGAUCGAAACUGAUGGUGAUGUCACCAUGGUUCAAAGCCUUAGAAAUGGUUUGGUGGAAGUGUUUAUAACUGAUAGUAAUUUGGAAGGUCUUACUAGUGUUGAAUACAAUGCCAAUGUAGAUGUGGAAGAUGGCCUUUUAGAUAUUGAUGUCACUAGUUGGGAAUGGGAUUGUGGAUCAUUUUCACAGGACAACUAUAAUUAUCUGGAUUUCACAACUCACAUACCUUCUAGUAGGCCAAACCCACCAUCCACCAUUGAACCACUUUCCACCAAUGAACCACCACCCACCAUUAGAAGAAGAAAUGCUAGAAGAAGACCUGUUCAUCAUGAUUCUGAUUCAGAAUCUGAUCCUGAUGAUUUCAUAGACAGUGAUUAUGAAUUCAGUGAAGAUGAUGAUGCUUUGUUUGAUGCCAAUGUGGAUAAAGACAUAGAGUGGUGUGGUGUGAGGCAGAAAAAGGUAGUUGGAAGUGAUAUUCCCCAUAAUUGUUUUUCUGAAACAGAGUCUGAGGAGGGGGAUUCCUCUGAUGGUUUUAUGAGUUUUGACUCUUCUUCUGAUGAAGUUAGGAAGGACAAGCCAAGGUUUAGGAAAUAUAGGCCUAUACUAGGGAAAGUACAACCUAUAAUAGAGGAAAAGAUGAUUUUUAAGAAUAGGGCUCAAUGUGUAGAAGCUAUAAGGCAACAUGCAAUUGUUAAUGGAAAAGCAAUUACAUUUGAAAAGAAUGACACAGAUAGAGUAAGAGCUCAUUGCCUUGCUCCUUGCCCAUGGAAUAUACUAGCCUCAAGCAUAACAGGUGAUAGGAAAACCCUGCAAGUUAAGACAUUAAACCUUAAUCAUAAACAAUGUGGCUGGAAUUGGACUAACAAGCUAAUAAACUCAAGCUGGUUGUCAAGAACUUAUUUCAAAGAGUUCAAGAUCGAUCCCUCAUGGCCUGUUACUCAAAUUGUGGAACGAGUAAUGGCUGAUUAUAUUGUCAAAAUAUCUCCACAAAUGGCAUACAAUGCUAGGAAGAAGGCAGUUAAAAAAAUAGAGGGUUCUUAUGCUGAGCAAUAUGAGAAGUUAUGGGAUUAUUGUGGAGAGAUGAGUAGAACCAAUCCAGGAACCUCAGUACACAUGCAUUUUAAGAAAGAUAUGGAUGGAUUUACCACUAAUCAACUUCAAAGAAUUUAUAUUUGUUGGGCUGCAUUAAAGAAGGGGUUCAUUGAGGGUUGUAGGCCUAUAAUUGGAGUAGAUGGUUGUCAUUUGAAAGGCCCCCAUGGUGGGCAACUGUUGGCAGCAGUAGGGAUAGAUGGGAAUAACCAAAUUUAUCCAGUGGCUUAUGCAAUGGUUGAGGUUGAAGAGGAGGCAAGUUGGAGUUGGUUCUUGCAACAUUUGAAGAAUGAUCUUCGGAUUCCAAAUGAACCGACAUUCACAAUCAUUUCAGAUAAGCAAAAGGGGCUUAUGAAUGCAAUCAGGGACUUGUUGCCUUGUGUGGAACACAGACAUUGUGUUAGGCAUCUGCACAGCAACAUGAAGAGAGCUGGGUAUACAGGGCAAGCUGUUAAAGAUAAGCUGUGGAAUCUUGCUAGAGCUACCUACAUGGGGAGGUUUAGCAAACUUAUGGAAGAGUUCAAGAAAGAGGAUGGGGCUGCAUUUAAGUGGCUUGCUAAGCAUGAACCCCACCACUGGUUUAGAUCACAUUUUAGUGUUGCUCCCAAAUGUGACAUGCUCUUAAAUAACCUUUGUGAGUCUUUCAAUGCUAUAAUACUAGAUGCUAGGGAUAAGCCAAUCCUAACCAUGCUAGAAAGGAUUAGGAUUUACAUGAUAAGGCAUUUAGUGAAGAGGAGGGCUUCUGUUGAGAAAUGGCAUGGUCAGAUGGGUCCAAAGAUUGUCAAGUUAUUGGACAAGAAGAUUGCACUUUGCAACGAAUGCGUUGUUGUCUUAACUAGGGAAAUCCAGUUUGAACUUUGA